UGUAAGUUGUAACGAUCUUUACCUUUGACCUGAAAGUAAAAAUUAAUCUACCAUCAUCUAGCUAGCCGGCGCGGCCUAGCCAGUUAGUUAUCAAGUUGCCCCCCUAUGGCUUAUCUGAGUGAUUUCUCCAACUCUGCCCCAAGCUCUGGAAACUUCCCUUCGACUAGCUCUGGAAACUUCCCUUCGAGCAAUUUCGCCUCUGGAGAUUACCAGAGACAUUUUGAAGAUGUGGACCAGAGUCUGAGCUGUGCUGUUUGUCUGGUCCGGUUCACAGAGCCACGACUCUUGGCCUGCAACCACACAUUCUGCAAGAUAUGCCUCGAGAAGAUUCUAGAAAAGAAAGCAAAAGAUGUCGACAGAGAAAAAGAUCAAUUCGAUGACUACGAAAUAGAAUGUCCUCGCUGUCGUAAGAUCACUCGACUCGGGGAUGGUGGGAUAGAGACACUGCCCAAGAACUAUGACCUGGAUCAAGUGGUACAGGCCAUGCCUCCCGAGCCAACACAGCCAUUCGUCAGACAGAUAUCAAUCCCCAUGUGCUCCUUCCAUAGCAAGGAGCUUUGCUACUACUGCAGAACAGACAAUACUUUGGUCUGUGCUGACUGCUUUGUCGAAAACCAUCAGGGGCACGAUUUCCAACAUGCUAAUAAAGUUGGUGAGGAAGAAAAGGACAAAUUUCGUGAUAGCUACUUUGAAACACUUGAAAAGGAACGGCAAAAAUAUCUUUUAGCCGUUGACGAGGUGUCACAUGUGAUGAAAACACUCAGACAAAAAGGUGAAAAAACAAAAGGAGAUAUUCAGGAACAUUUUCAGAGCGUACGCGAUAGUUUGGAGAGUAGAGAAAACCAGUUAGUAUUGGAGACACAGAAGAUUGUCACUCAGAAGGUGGACAAACUGUUGGAGCAGGAGAAGCUGUUGAAGGAGAUAUUCGAGGGGCUGGACAAAGAGUACGAACAGUGCAAGAGGCUCAUGGAUGCAACGACUCUCAAUUUUCUCAAGGACAAAGACAAACAAGCAAUGAGUGUGAAGACGGUUAUGAAGAAAGCCUACAAUGUGGAGCGUACCCCAGUUGAGUCCCCCUCCCAAGGCCCCUACUGGCACCACCCCAGCACUUCUCUCACUGACGCCGAAACCAAAAGUGGAGUUUUUUGUGAUUCAGUUUCCUCAAUGCACACGGCUACAGGCUCGGGGCUCACUAAGGCCUUUGUCGGUAAAGAAGCGACUUUCAGAAUCGAAGCUCGAGACAAGUACGGCAAUAAAAGCUUCUUAAAAGGAACGCCCCCUCAAGUAACAAUAUCCGGCCCCAAAAUGAGGGAGGAAGUCCACCACACAAUCGAGCAAUUUGUUCCUGGGGAGUAUGUCAUCAGCUACACGCCAAGUUGCGUGGGUUGGCACACCAUUUCCAUCAGAGUGAAUGGAGAAGCUAUUAAAACACCCGAUUGCAAAAUGAUUGUUUUAGGCAGCAAAGAUUAUCUGAAAAUGUCUAAACCGCUGGAGAGUGUUAUGAAAUCGAGACUGAACUUUGAACCACCUGUGUCCACUAUGAGAGGUGUCUGCGUGCUACCAAAUGGUUGGAUAAUAUUCGUCGAUUCGUCUUGCCUUCGUGUGAUCGAUGGUUACUCUGGUAGAACAUGUCAGACUAUUGGUAACUAUGGAAACGCUCCCGGCCAGUUUACUGGUCCUUAUGAUGUCACUCUGACCCCACAAAAUCACAUCUUUGUUACAGAUGUGUCGAAUCAUCGUGUGCAGCGUUUUGCUCCUGAAGGCAACAAUCGCUAUCGAUACGUGGCUCUCUUUGGAUCGCAAGGAAGUGGGAAACAGAAUUUCAACAGCCCUGAGGGCAUUGCUGCAUGGGGUGACGAGCGAGUCUUCGUAGCAGAUAAAGGUAACAACAGAAUACAAGUCUUUUCUCAGAAAGGCAUGAAGCAUUGUGCUACGUUUGGUAAGAGAGGUGAGAGACCGGGACAGUUUAACCAACCUCGAGAUGUCGUCGUGGGCCCCGAUUUUCUCCUCGUAUCUGACACGGGAAACAAACGAAUCCAAGCACUAACUUUCGAUGGGAAGAUUCUAAAUACAUUUGGAGGCUACAACUACUUAGUGUUCAAGCCGCGCACACCGUCAUUCAUUGCAAUAGACUCUUAUGGAUUCAUCUUGGUCACGUACAAAGAGUCGAACUUGAUCACCGUUCUAACACCCCAGGGAGAAGGAACAGUUGUGAACCAAUUCGUAAGCAAGUUUCUCAAGUCCCCAUUUGGUAUCUGCGUUGACAGACAAGGGAACGUUGUUGUCACUGACUCUGCUAGUUCUCAAAUUGUAUGUUUCUAAUGUAUGUUUCUAUUAAUGUUCGUUUUUCUUCUGUGCUGAAUUUUGUCUCCCUGAUUUUGUACAUGACAGUGUUCUACUAUUGUGUGGGUGUUAAUUAACAAUUAAUG